GCGCAUUGGAACCGUAUGUCUGAGUUUGCGUAGUGAGGAGAUAAUGGAGGCUGUUAAGUGUGUCGGAGAAGUGUUGUUAUAUUGAAGCUGUCCUGUAGUUUAUAAUUCUUUUGUCUUUCUUUUUUGGCAUUUUAUUUAUAUAAAAAGGCUGAAUAGACCGAAACGCGUCUCCUGAAGACCAUGCGCCGAAGCAAGGCCGAGGUGGAGUGCUAUAUUUCGGCGGUUCAGAGCGCCUCGCCGUCCCUGAAGGAGAAACCCGUCAAAGGAUUCUUAUUUGCAAAAUUGUAUUUUGAAGCAAAGGAGUAUGAGCUUGCUAAAAGGCAUGUUUCAGCCUAUUUGACAGUGCAGGAAAGAGAUCCCAAAGCACAUAAAUUUCUUGGCCAACUAUAUGAGAGAGAGGGAGACAUUGACAAAGCUGUGGGAUGCUACAAGAGGUCUGUUGACCUGAACCCGGCUCAGAAAGACCUAGUUCUGAAGGUUGCAGAACUGCUCUGCAGCAAGUCAGAGCCGGACAGCCGAGCCAAAUUCUGGGUAGACAAGGCAGCAAAGCUCCUGCCUGGAAGUCCAGCUGCCUUCAACCUCAAGGAGAAACUGCUUAGCAGGCAAGGCCAGCAGGGAUGGAACCAGCUGUUUGACCUCCUGCAGUCAGAGCUACAGCUGCGUCCUGAUGACGUGCACGUCAACAUCAGACUGGUGCUGCUGUAUUCCUCAGAUGGACAGCUGGAGGCGGCGGCCAGACAUUGUCUCGAUAUUGAGAAGAAGGGACUCCUUCGUCAUAGCCUGGAUUGGUACUCUGCUGUCGUGCAGACACUUCAGGAGUACACGGCACAGCCCAGCGCGUUGGCCAACGCCACGUGGAGUCGGGAGCUGCAGAGGGAGCUGCUGCUGGCACAUUGCAGCCUACUGAGGCUCACACUCUCAGAAAAGGGUGUGCAGCAGGCGGUGGAGGUCCUGCAGAGCUUUGAUCAUGCCAUGCAGUCUGCAAAAAGGCUGGCCGCAAGCACCACGGAUGAGCUGUCUGAGAUAUUCUGGGAGCUGCGAGGCCACCUGUACAUGUAUGCUGGGGUGCUCUUGCUGAAGAUGGCGCACGACAGGAUGCAGCAGUGGAGGGCGGUGGUUGACCUGGCGGCCCUCUGUUACCUUCUGGCUUACCAGGUACCCAGGUCGAAGUGGAGACCCUCCAAAGGCGACCAGUCGUUCCACCAGCUGCUUGACCACCUUGCUUGUGACCGGCAGAGUCAGUCGGGUCACAUGCUUCUGAACCUCAGUGGGCAGUGUGAGACCUUUGUGAAGGAUGUGGUGGAGGCCUUUGGCAACCGGAGUGGGCAGGGAAGCCUGUUUGAGAUGCUCUUUGGCAACUGGGCCACCACUGCCCCCUCCUUCAUUGGCAAUGAUGACGUCACUAUUCUUGGCGCCCAGGUGCCUGAUAUGGCAGACCUCUUGAAGUGGGACAGUGGUGCGAUUCUGUACCAUGCGGGGGACCUGCAGCACCUAGCCUGGCUGGGUCUGCAGUGGACCUUCAUGGACCAGCGUGUGGCCCUCAGGGAUUGGCUGAUGCAGCUCUUCCCUCGGCUCACACUGGAAACCUCUAAGCUAGACACAGACGCCCCGGAGUCCAUAUGUCUGCUUGACCUGGAGGUUUUCUUGUCUGGAGUUGUGUUUACCAGCCAUGCUCAGCUGCAGGAGGUUUCCAAGAUUGCAGGCAGUUCCCAGCUACAUGAGCCCAGAUGUCUGCCACUGCCAAUUAUCAAGCUGCUGUCCACGGACAGGCAGAGGAGUUGGUGGGAUGCAGUGUACAAACUCAUCCACAAGAUGGCCCCGCCAGGGAUGUCUGCGAAAUUGAGGGUGACAGUCCAACACAGCCUAAGCACCCUGAGAGCUGGAGAGAAACACGGCCUGCAGCCAGCAUUGAUCAUCCACUGGGCUCAGCACCUCAGUGAAAUGGGAGGUGGAUUAAACUCUUAUUACGACCAGAAAGAGUACUUUGGCCGUAGUGUUCACUACUGGAAGGCCGUGCAGCCGCUCCUGGAGAAGAUCAAGAGACGCAGGAGCAUUCCUGAGCCGCUCGACCCCAUGUUCCCGCACUUUCACAGUAAAGACAUUCAGGUCUCUGCUGUUAAAGGUUAUGAAGAUGAAGCCAGUAUUGCUUCGGCAUUGCAUCUUGAUAUUGAGGGCAAAACUGAAGAAGCAAUCACUGUGCUUGAGACACUCGAUACUGUCUCCUCCAGCUGGCAUCUUGCCAGGAUCUUUCAGAGGCUUUCUGAAGAAGCGGGCAGUGGGUUGGAAGAAACUCAAGACCGGUGCAUCGCAUUCUUAAUGAGCUUCAGGAAACAAUUAAGGAGAAUUUCUCGUGCCAGUGCAUCAGAAACAGAAAAGCUUCCUGUUUCAAGGGAGGAGGUUAUGGACCUUCUGAAUGAUGUGAAUCAGCAGCUGGGGGAGACUGAGGCCGAUAUUGAAGGGGUUGGCAGAACUCGGCCAAUGCAAUCCAGCCCCUGUCAGAUGAGCCUGCUGAAUGAGCCGAACAUGUCUGUCUCGCACAUCAAGGUCUCCAGCCCAUCCCCAAACAAGAGCAUGUCAUCGCCCUCUAAAAGGCACAUGUUCUCUCCUAAGACACCACCUUACUGGGUUGAGGACCAGAAAAAUCUUCUGCAGAUGCUCUGUCAGCAAGUGGAAGCCCUUAAGAAAGAGGUCCAUGACUUGAAGCGCAACUCUUCUGGGUCCAGAGCAUCCCCACCUCACCCCAAGGCGUAUGGUGAUGGGUACAGUGCAGAAGCACUUCAAGACUCAUUCCCAGCAGCACAGAGCUUUCAUGGUGCACCUCUUACAGUGGCCACUACUGGUCCUUCUGUAUAUUAUAACCAAUCCCCUGCUUACAACUCACAGUAUCUUCUACCAGCAGCUGCCAGUGUCACUCCAACCAAGGCUCCAGUAUACGGUAUCAACCGUUUCCCACCACAGCAGCACAUGUAUGCCUACCAGCAGCCCACUCACACACCUCCUUUGCAGGCAACUCAAUCUUGCAUGUAUCCCCAGGACCAAGUGUAUGGAGCUCCUCUGCGCUUUGAGUCUCCUGCCACCAGCCUACUUUCCCCAUACAGUGAGGAGUAUUAUGGCCAUACAGUUCCUCAGCCCACCACCAAUCACCCACUACCUGAGCCUGGUUAUUUCACCAAGCCUUCUGUUCCUGUUCAGCCACCAAAAAAUAGCGAAACAAAGUCUGUGGACUUUGGCAAGAUGAGCUUUGGUCAGAAAAUUCCUGUUGAACCUGCUAAGGUUCCUAGCUUUGGAGCAGGGGCAAUUGCCCAGUCAACACCUGUAGCUGCAGCAUUCAAGUUCAACUCAAAUUUUAAAUCCAACGAUGGGGAUUUUACAUUCUCAUCCACUCAGGCAAAAAGUAACAGUGAAAGCCUGUUAGGACUUCUGACAUCUGACCUUCCCCCUAGAACUGAAGGAUCUUUAGGACCAAAGACUCCAACUCAAGACCAGGCACAGAGUCAGGGUGGAUUCUUCACCUUUGGUAAUAAAGGUGGUGUACCUAAGUUUUCCUUUGCGGACGUGUUUCAGAACCAGAAUAAGUCUCAUCCUUCUGGGAAAACUGAGCCAUUUAGUUUUGAUGGAACCAAGUCAGUUUCUAGCAUGACAGCCAAGGAUGCACAUGAAGAAAAAGAUGUUGAAAGCGACAAUGAAAGCACUCGUGUUGAGGAAGAUGAAGAUGGCCCUCACUUUGAGCCCAUUGUGCCCCUUCCUGAUAAAGUGGAUGUUAAAACAGGUGAAGAGGAUGAAGAGGAAAUGUACUGCAACAGAGCAAAAUUGUUCCGCUUUGAAGCUCAAACAAAAGAAUGGAAAGAGAGGGGGAUUGGCAGCAUUAAGAUUCUGAUGCACAGGACAUCAGGCAAGGUACGCUUGCUAAUGAGAAGAGAGCAAGUGCUAAAAAUUUGCGCCAACCACUACAUCACUGCAGAUAUGGUAUUAAAGCCUAAUGCUGGUUCCGAUAAAUCCUGGGUUUGGUAUGCGGUUGAUUAUGCAGAUGAAAUGCCCAAGCAUGAGCAGCUGGCCAUUCGGUUUAAAACUGCAGAAGAAGCAGCCCUUUUUAAGGCUAAGUUUGUGGAGGCCCAAGAGGUGGUGUCAAAGUCUCCUCAGAAACAGGAACAACAAACUGACAAAGAACUUUCUUCAAAGACCUCUGCUUCAAAACCAAGAGGCAAAGAAGUAGGGUUUGGGCUUCAGUUUGCAAAGAAAGAAGGGGAGUGGGACUGUGAUGUAUGCUGUGUAAGAAAUAAGCCUGCCGCAGUUCAGUGUGUUUCUUGCCAGAGCCCUAAACCUAAACCUCCAAAACCAAGAGGCAAAGAAGUAGGGUUUGGGCUUCAGUUUGCAAAGAAAGAAGGGGAGUGGGACUGUGAUGUAUGCUGUGUAAGAAAUAAGCCUACCACAGUUCAGUGUGUUUCUUGCCAAAGCCCUAACCCAAAAACUAAACCGCAGCCGGAUUCAGCCACUAAGGGAUUUGUAGAAUCCACCUCAGGGUUCAGUACUCCGAAGAACACAAGCUUUAGCUCAAGCGGACCCGCUUUUGGAUCAUUUGCUCCAUUGCCUGCAUCUUUUAAGUUUGGGACAAGCAGUACUGCUUCCAGCCAGUCAAGUUUUGGUGAUGUGUUCGCCAAGAAAGAAGGGGAAUGGCACUGUGAAGUCUGCCUAACUAAAAAUGCUGUAGGAGUAACAAAAUGUGUUUCAUGUCAGGCCCCCUGUAAAGUACAGGGUGAUAUGGCAGCUGCUUUGGGGUCUGGGGAUUGUAGUACACGCCUAGUUAAAAAUGAGUCUUCCUCAAAUCCUGAUGCUAAAGGCACAGUUACAGCUGCACCAUCAGUUUCUGCCUUUAAUUUCAACUUUGGUGGUAAAAAGUCAAUGCCACAACCUCCAUCCACAGGGUUUCAGACGACUUUCAAUGCUAGCAGCACCUUUACAUUUGGCCAAGCUGAAGACAGCUCCACUCCACUGUCAUUUAAGUUUCAGACACCUUCACCUCAGGUGGAUGUUAAAACCCCCAAUAUGGGCUUUUCCUUUUCAAUGCAAGUACCUGCUCAUGGAUUUAAGUUUGGUACUCAAGAACCGGCUAAACAAACCCCUCCAGCUGAAAGUCAAGAAAGUGGAGGAUCUGCUUCUGCAUUCUUGAAAAAUAUGGCUGAACAGCACAAAGAGAAGGAGUGUAGCACAGAAGUAUCCAGCUCUGCACAAACAGCUAAUAAGCCUGAAGAAGAUGACAACCCCCUGUUUUCUGGGAAGAUAGACACAUUUAGUUUUGCAGACUUGGCGAAAUCCUCACAGGGUGAGUUUCAGUUUGGUCAGAAGGAUCCCAAUUUCAAAGGCUUCUCCCGUGCUGGAGAGCAGCUGUUUUCCUCGUUUCAACCUGAGUCAAAGGCAGACACCUCUUCAGAUCAAAAUGAGGAGGGUAUGUACAACACUGAGGAAAAUGAUGAUAUUCAGUUUGAGCCUGUAGUUCAGAUGCCUGACAAAGUGGACCUUUUCACUGGAGAGGAGGAUGAAGAAGUGCUUUAUAGCCAGCGUGUCAAACUCUUCCGAUUUGAUCCUGCUGCUAGUCAGUGGAAAGAACGAGGUGUUGGCAAUAUUAAAUUCCUUAAGAACAAUCAAAAUGGAAAACUAAGAGUACUCAUGAGAAGAGAUCAGGUCCUCAAAGUAUGUGCCAACCAUUGGAUCACCACUACUAUGAACUUGAAGCCCCUUUCUGGGUCAGAUAAGGCUUGGAUGUGGCUAGCUAAUGACUUCUCCGAUGACGAUGGCAAGUUAGAGCAACUUGCAGCUAAAUUCAAGACGACAGAGUUAGCAGAAGAAUUUAAGCUGAAGUUUGAGGAAUGUCAAAGGCUACUUUUAGACAUACCUUUGCAGACCCCUCAUAAGCUUGUUGAGAGUGGGAGAACUGCUCAUCUUAUUCAGAAAGCUGAGGAGAUGAAGUCUGGUUUGAAAGAUCUGAAAUCAUUCUUGACAGAUGAUAAAGCAAAGCUCAAAGAAGAUGAAAGUUGUGUCAGCACAACUGUUGAUAGUUCAAGCUUUAAGAUCAAUGCAGAGGUUACUGGUACUACUUUGGAGUGGGAUAACUAUGACCUGCGAGAAGAAACCCAUGACAAUAGUACAGACACCUCAGUCUAUGCUUCUCCAUUAGCAAGCAGUCCUGUUCAGAGAAAUUUGUUCCGGUUUGGAGAAUCAACUUCUGGUUUCAGCUUCAGUUUCCAGCCUAUUCUUAGUCCAUCCAAAUCCCCCACAAAGCUGAAUCAGAGCAGAGGUUCAGUUGGUACUAAUGAGGAAUCUGACGUGACUCAGGAUGAAGAGAGAGAUUGCCAGUACUUUGAGCCUGUAGUUCCUUUACCUGAUCUUGUAGAAACAUCUACUGGUGAGGAGAAUGAGCAAGUGGUGUUCAGCCACAGAGCCAAACUGUACCGUUAUGAUAAAAAUCUAAGUCAGUGGAAGGAGAGGGGCAUCGGAGACCUCAAAAUCCUACAAGACUAUAGUACAAAGCGUGUUAGACUUGUCAUGAGGCGAGAUCAAGUGCUAAAACUGUGCGCCAACCACUGGAUUAGCCCCGAUAUGAAGCUUGAACCAAUGAGUGGAACAGAAAGGGCAUGGAUUUGGAGUGCUAUGGAUUUUGCAGAGCCAGAAGGGAAAGUGGAGCAAUUGGCUGUCCGUUUUAAGCUUCAAGAAGUAGCCAACUCCUUUAAAGAGAUUUUUGAUAAGGCUCAGAACGUUCAGGAGAGUCAGUCUUUGAUCACUCCUGUCUCACCAAGAGAUACCACCCCACGUGAAACUCGCUGUGGUGAGGCUGCUAUUGCUGUUCUUGAAGAGACCACUAGGGAACGCACUGACUUGACUCCUCAGAGUUGCCACUCCACAGAGAGUACUGCCUCUACCGCAAAAGUAGUAGUUUCUCCACCAAAAUUUGUUUUUGGGUCUGAUUCUGUCCAAAAAAUCUUUGGAAGCCCAACAUCUUCUAAUGAAAAGGUGCCUAGUGUGAAGAUUACCACCACGAAGAUGACCAGCACCAGCUCAUCAGCAUCCAAGGCUGACGGCACACUGUCCCAGCCUACUCCAGUCCAAAGGUCCCCGUUUAAAGUUCCUGAGAGAGGAUUGGAUUUUAGGCUUUUCAAAGAUAACCCUAUGGCUUUUUGGACCAGCACAUCAUUCAACCAAUUUGAACCCCAAGCUACUGCUGGUCGAGUGGCAAAAGAAGCAUUUGCGACAGGGGAAGCUGUAGACUCUGCUGAUUCUGAAGAGGUCCGAGUUGUGUUUGCGCGGGAACCUACGGCUGAGCAGAAGAAACUGGCCCAAGACCUUAUGCUGCCCCUCACAUUCUUCUGCUACCAGAACGACCCCAGCUACUGCAGUGAUGACCAGGAGGAUGAUGAAGACUUUGAAACUGCCGUAAAGAAACUUAACGGGAAGUUGUAUGCUGACUCGCCUCAGGACACAAGAGCCACAGUGGCUCAGCCUCGCUUGCAAGAAAAGGACCCUGAUUGUCUUGUCAUUUGGGAGAAAAAACCGACCCCUCAGGAAGAGCAGAAGGCGAGGAGUCUCCAGCUUCCUCCCACCUUCUUCUGCGGUCUCGGUAGCGACACAGAGGCAGAGAAGGAUAAGACGGAGGAUUUCGAAACUGAAGUUAAAAGAGUACAAGAAGAGAUGCAGAAGCAGAAGGGAGCCGUAAAUGUGGAAGCUUCUAUCUCCAGCAGCACCAGCACCAGUGCAGAUGGCGGCUCCUCUGUGGUGCCUGUUCCUGAAUGUCGGCCUGAUGUCUCCAGUGCUGCCCCGCCUGUCCUUAGUCCAAUCGAUCUGUCCACCAAGAAGAGCGGAGAGCUGGACUCUGGCAGCUCUGAACCUGUCACAACGUUUGGAUUUCAUUCUACUGGUGGGUUUUCAUUCGCAGACCUGGCUAAAAAUUCUUCUGAAUUUGCAUUUGGAAAACAAGAUUCAAACUUCACCUGGGCGAAUACUGGAGCUGCAGUGUUUGGGGCAGCUACUGUGCCCCAAAACGAGGGGGAGGAUGAGGCCAGUGGUGAUGAAGAUGCCACCAGCAAUGUGGAAAUUCACUUUGAGCCAGUUGUUUCAUUGCCAGAGGUGGAGACCAAGUCUGGUGAAGAAGAUGAGGAGAUCCUGUUUAAGCAGCGGACUAAGUUGUACCGCUGGGACAGAGACCUGAACCAGUGGAAGGAGCGUGGCGUGGGUGACAUCAAGAUCCUCUUCAAUCCUCACAAGCAUUACUACCGAGUGCUCAUGAGACGCGAGCAGGUGCUCAAAGUGUGUGCCAACCACACCAUCACCAAGGACAUGGACCUCAAGCCCAUGAUCAUCUCCCCUAAUGCUUUUGUUUGGACUGCCACGGACUAUGCAGAGGGCGAGGCAAAAGUCGAGCAGCUGGCUGCCAAGUUCAAGACUCCAGAGCUGGCCGAGUCUUUCCGGAAGAAAUUUGAGGAGUGCCAGAGUCAAAUAUCCCAGGAGGAGACUUCCCUGUUGUCCUGUGUGCAAGAGUUGUCCCAAGAGAGCAACCCAGUGGUGUACUUCACGAUCUCUGCAGAUGACCAGACACUGGGAAGGCUCACCAUGGAGCUCUUUGCCCAUAUCGUCCCCAAGACUGCAGAGAACUUCAGGGUACUCUGCACUGGAGAGAUGGGUCUUUCUUACCGCAACUCCAUUUUCCAUAGGAUCAUCCCUGAGUUCAUGUGUCAGGGAGGUGACAUCACCAAUCAGAAUGGCACUGGUGGAAAGUCCAUCUAUGGGGACAAGUUUGAGGAUGAGAACUUCGACGUGAAGCAUACGGGGCCCGGUAUACUGUCCAUGGCAAACCGGGGGAGGGACACCAACACCUCCCAGUUCUUCAUCACUCUGAAAAAAGCAGAACAUCUGGACUUCAAGCACGUGGCAUUUGGUUUCAUUAAGGAUGGAAUGGAUGUACUAAAUCAAAUGGGAAGUCUGGGCUCUGACAAAGGCACACCAAAUAAAAAGAUAGUCAUUUCGGAUUGUGGACAGCUUUAGUAAUUAGCUGAAUGAGCAUUUUACUAAAUCAACACUUAGGGCUCUGUGUCUCCCUUUGUCAAUUUCAGAUGUAUUUGUGUGUAAAAUGUAUAUGGAUCACUAUUUUUUAUAAUUAGGUUUAAUUGCAUGUUGUAAUAAGGCCGGAGAUAAGUUGUUCAAAAUCUCCCUAAUCAUGUUGAAGUCUUAAUACAUUUCAAUUAAAGGAUGAAACUGCUUUUGAGGUUGAAACUCGA